UUGGAAUCCGGAGUUUUCAGACAAAGCGAACUAAGCUGGAUUCAGCCACCCGGCGCACUAACCGAGGAGAUUACCUAAUACACCAAAUCCCGCCUGAACAUCUCCGGCCAAACAACAAAUAUCAAUGACAACGUCGGGACAAAGACUCACCACUCUCCUCUCAAAGCCCUUCUCGGUGCCCAAUCUCUCUCCAUUACGCUCGCUCGAGCCUCUACUCCGUUUCCCAGUGCAAUUAGAAGCCACCUGCGCUUAGCCCGCCCCCUCCGCUGGUGGUCUUGCGUUCUCCGAAGUCCUCCGCCCCGUCUCCUCGAAUCCAUCCUUACCCGCCCGCCAUGUUUUACCGAACCGCCGCUGCUCGCUCUAUCCUGAGGGCAGCAACCAGCUCAAAUUCAUCUGUAACACGCUCGGCAUUGUCUAGCACCAUUUUCAAGGCCCAAUUGACUUCGUCUGUCCGCCAAGCCGCUGUCACUCGUUCGACAUCUCUCGCACUAGCCGCCCGCAAACCUACAACCACCGCUCUUACCCGAUAUGCCUCGACAGCUGCUGUCAAGACCAACGAGCCUACGCCAGCGCGGAAGGCUGAGGAAGAGGAGGAUAUUGAUAUGAUGGCUGGUGUAAAGAGCGAUAUGAAAAUUAUCCGUGAGACUUUCUCUCUCAAGGAAGUUCCCAAAGAAGCCUUGUACCUCGGAUUGGCCGGUGUCCUUCCUUACCUCGCGACUUCGCUUCAAACUGUUUACUUGUCCUGGGAAUUGAACAAUGCCAUCACCACUGGUACUGGCUACUACAUCACCGGCCAAACUGCGGAAAUGAUGAUGAGCAUUCUUGAGCCGGUUCAGGUUGGAUAUGGCGCAGUUAUCCUCUCUUUCCUCGGCGCCAUCCACUGGGGUCUGGAAUGGGCCGGCUACGGUGGAAAGGUUGGCUACCAACGAUAUGCUAUUGGUGUCGUCGCACCUGCCGUCGCCUGGCCCACCCUAUUCAUGCCUAUUGAAUACGCCCUGAUCUCUCAGUUCUGUGCCUUCACCUUCCUGUACUAUAACGACGCCCGCGCCGCGGUUAAGGGCUGGACGCCAUCCUGGUACCACAUGUACCGCUUCGUCCUGACCUUCGUUGUCGGUGCCAGCAUCGUUAUCAGUCUGAUCGGCCGUGAAGCCCUUGCCACCCACUAUGAGUCCCGGAACGAACUGACCAAGAAGUGGAAAGAGUUGGCGCGCCGGCAAAAGGAGACAGCGGCCGUCAAGGCAGCGGAGUCCACCGAAGAGCAAUAAAUAAUGCUCGCGGCGCAGGUGUUGCGUUUGUGCCAUAGGGUUUAAAGUAUCUAAUCGUUUCCACCCUCCCUACGGCACCCCAAAGUUACUCCCACCAUUUGUUUAGUCCUUUUGUAAAUUAAGAAAAAGCAGAAAACGAGAACCAAAUAUAUAUAUAUGUCCAACCACAAAGCAAGACGCUGCGAUUUUUUCAUUUGUAUAUACCUCACUAAUAAUGGUUACCCCAAUCCCAUUAUUUUUCGUUUGGAAACACAUGGCUAUUGCUAUCAAUUCAUCCGUGAGGAGGCUAUGCGUCCCCCCCAUUCUUUUCCUUUGAAGUUGGGGGGGAGGGAAGAAAAGAGGUCCAGUUUUUUCGGCGAUUCUAUAUUGCCAGAAUAUGAGCACUUAACAGAAGCGCAGGACGUAGCCCCAGAAUUUAGACGUUUUAUUCGACAAGGAAAUAGGAAUAUCAACGUUCUCGCCGUUAUUUUAUGAUAUGUGCUUGAAUUAGGUUUAUAGCCUCGUAUAAAACCUGCUACUAAAGCUUGAAGUGAACGGGGGUAAAUGGCCCAUAAGAUGCUCCAACAGAUGAUGUAAAGUAUCUAGAGUAUGGGGCGCAGUAUGUCAAAAAAUUGAAGCUAAUCAUUCCGUGUCCCCUAGGAGUCGGUUUU